AUGUCAGACACACUUAGGAAAAAGUUGGAGAAUGUCAACACUAAUUUUGACAUUAUGGACCAACUUCAGGACAUGUUCGGGCAUAAAUCUAAUCAUACCCGAUUUGAAUCCACCAAGAGGUAUGAAAAUGCUAACAUGGCACCAGGGAUGCAUGUUCGUGAUCACUUCAUCAAGAUGAUGAACUACUUCCAAGAAGUUGAGUUGUAUGGAGCCACCAUUGAUGAGAAGACUCAAUUGGGGCUCAUCCUGAAUAGUCUUUCUCCUUCUUUCCUUACGUUCAUCACUAACUACUUCCUAAACAAUUUGGAGUAUGACAUGACACAACUGCUGAAUGAACUUCAAAUGUUUGAAGUAAUCAAUGGUGGACCAAGCAAAGGAACUGAAAACAAGGCUACUACUAAUGCUACAAAUAGAUAUCAAGGAGAAGCUAACCUGGCUUCAACUUCCAAGAGCAAAAAUAGGAAAGAAAGGAAGUAG